AUGUUGGUGAAUUGUGCUGGUAUGGCAAUUGCUGGACGAUUUGAAGAGAUAGAAAUCGGUCAAUUUAUUAGACUGAUGGAAGUGAAUUAUCUGGGCAGUGUAUAUGCUAGUCGUGCUGUGAUUUCCACUAUGAAGGAACGAAGGAUGGGAAGAAUUGUAUUUGUGUCUUCUCAGGCUGGACAGCUGGGAUUAUUUGGAUACACUGCAUAUUCUCCUACAAAAUUUGCUCUCCGAGGACUAGCAGAAGCACUACAAAUGGAGGUUAAGCCAUAUAACGUUUAUGUUACUGUUGCCUAUCCUCCAGACACUGACACACCUGGGUUUGCUGAAGAGAACAAAUCAAAGCCACUGGAAACCAAGUUAAUUUCAGAAUCUUCAAGUCUUUGCCAACCUGAACAAGUUGCCAGAGUAAUAGUUAGAGAUGCCAUACAAGGUAAUUUCAACAGUUCUGUUGGAUCUGAUGGCUAUAUGCUGUCGUCUUUAACAUGUGGCAUGUCACCUGUCACCACCAUCACAGAAGGACUCCAGCAGGUUGUCACAAUGGGA